AUGGCUCUCUUGUUCUCGUCUUCCGUCAACACAUACUCGCCCUCUUUCAGCUACGAAUACAGUAACCGCAUCCAGUACGAUUCAGCAGCCAUGGCAUCAGUAAACCCAAACACACCAGACAAAGUUAAGACCAAAAUCUUAAUCAUUUCAGACACCCAUGGCUUAACAUUCCCAACAGCUCUACAUCCAGACGAAGCAGUCGAUGUAGCUAUCCACUGUGGUGACUUGACGCAUCACUCCACACUCGCGGAAUUCAAGAACACAUUAUCUCUCAUGGAGUCACUCAAUGCUGACUUGAAGCUAUUCAUUGCUGGAAACCACGAUUUUUUACUUGACCAUGCCGCGUUCCAAGACAAGAUCGCAGAGACCAAGUCGCUUUCUCGCGGUGUUAUCCUUGACACGCUCUUCGGCCGUGACUUUGGUGCUAGAGGUGAAGCGCUCAAUAUGCUACGCCAUACUACCGCGCCGAACCUCUUCUUUCUUGAAGAAGGAAACUAUAAGUUUCGCUUAAAGAAUGGGGCAUUAUUAAAAGUCUAUGCAACUCCAUAUACACCUGGUACUGAUGCUGGGUGGGGUUUCCAGUAUCAUGGUGACCACGACUUCUCUAUUAACGGGCGACCUGAUGUAGUGAUAUCACAUGGACCGCCACUUGGAAUUCUCGAUAGAGACAGAGAUACCCCAAAGAGGCUCGGUUGCCCACUUCUAUUUGAAGCUGUAGCAAAGGCUCAGCCAAAGAUCCACUGCUUCGGACAUAUCCACAACUCGUGGGGAGCAAAAUUUGUAACAUGGAAACCAACAAUAUCUGAGUGGCCAUCCCACUUUACAGAUAUUGAGCAUAGCAAGUCACAUACGCUAGCAACCUUAGCGACGGAGCAAAAUGGGGUUCAUGCUAGUAGCCACUGCGCAGAGAAUGACUACCCUGUUGGCGAUGGAUCAACGCUAUUUGUGAAUGCUGCUAAUACGGAUGAUGAACGACUUUCACAGAUGGCGCAAAUUAUAGACAUUGAAUUGGACAUGGUUCGCCAGGAUAGUCGCUAA